AUGAAGAAUCUGUGUGUGGAGCUGGGACGGGACGGGAUUCGGGUGAAUUCGAUUUCUCCGGCGGGUGUGCCGACGCCGACGGGGAUGAAGACCACCGGACUGCACAGAGAGGGUGUUCAGGAGAUGAAUUCGGAGAAAGCGGCGCUGAAAGGUGUGGUUCUGGAUGAGAAUGAUGUGGCGGAGGCUGCUCUGUAUCUUGCGGGUGAUGAGGCGAAGUUCGUGAGCGGGGUGAAUCUUAUGGUGGAUGGCGGAUUCAGCUUGAGUAGCGCCUAG